AUGGGUUUCCCGGAUUAUUCCGAACCAAAGGGGGAACUCGAAAAGAUGGAGUCCGUUGGUGGUGGAUUGCCUAAAUCCAGUGGCACGCGUUCAGCCUCUGCGGGUACCUCAGCGGACCGCUAUGACCGUCAGAUUCGUAUUUGGGGUGAACAUGGCCAAAAUGAGCUCAGAGCCGCAUCCGUUCUCGUUUUGGGAUCAUCCGCUGUGGCUGGCGAGGUUCUAAAGAAUCUUGUUUUGCCCGGCAUUCGGCGGUUCGUGAUUAUCGACGAUGCCCACGUGACGCGCUCCGACCUCCACAAUACGAUGCUCAGCCCUGGUGACCUCGGCAAGGCACGCGCAGCCAGCAUGGUGCGCGAGCUUUUGGAACUUAACUCGGACGUGGAGGGUGCCUCGGUCCACAUGAGUCCAGUGGCAUAUGUGACUGCAUGCGAGGCCUCCGUCCUCAACUCGUGUGUCUGCUCACGCCGUGUUGAAGAGAAUGCAAUGCCUGAUCCAGCUUCUUCAGCUGGCGAUGCAGAGGGAACUGGUCCCGGCGAAUCCGAAGUGGGAUUGCCAGACAUUUUUGACUUCUCCCUCGUCAUCGCGUGUCAGCAGCCCCUUGACCUGGUUCGUCGUCUUAGCAGACUGUGUGGGUUAGAGCCUGUCGAGCAAACGACCUCCUCUGCCUCCACUAUCUCGGUUUCUCACCCGAUUUGCCACAACGGAGGCGCCGGUUUCGACUUUACAAGGUGUGCAACAACUGUUCCGACAACUCCUCCGCCAGCUGCUGAAAAAGCUGCAUCGCUAUGUAACGGACGGUGCUGUCAACGAUCAGAAAUCGUUCCGCUUAUCAACGUCACAAGCGUCGGCCUUCUCGGCGUUGUCCGCGUCUGUGCAGGCGAAUACUGCCUGGUAGAAAGGAAGGGCCAAAGCGAGGGAAGCGUAGACUUGCGGCUGUUCGAUCCCUUCCCUGAACUCUACGAGUUUGCCAUGGAGUAUGAUCUCAACCGCCUGGAUGACCUCGCACACGCGCAAGUGCCGUUCGCUGUGAUUCUCAUUCAAGCUCUUGAUCGGUAUCGCCGAACCCAGUGCAGCUCCUCGUCAGAUGCUUGCGCCAUGGGGGAGCCGCCUCUGAUGCCCUUACCACAGGAAGCUAGGGGUCAACUCGAAGCAAUUAUCCAGGGGAUGCGGAGACACCCAGAUGAAGUGAAUUUCGACGAGGCAAUGGCAAAUGUCUUUAGAAUUCUUAAGCCGCACAGUGUUUCUCAGGAUACAGCUGAGGUGAUUGAACAAGCGUCAUGUCCGUCAUUCAAACCCGUGACGAACAUCAACUUUUGGACUCUCGCUCGGGCUCUUGCCGCCUUUCAGAGAGCAUGCAAGAAGCUGCCUGUGCAGGGCACUCUUCCGGAUAUGACAAGUGAUACACAAAGUUUCAUCCGCCUCCAACAGGUCUACUCAAAACGUGCAGAAGGUGACUGCAACGCAAUCAAGGCAAGUGUCGCGAUGAUCCAAGAGGACAGCAUCACCCUCGAGGGGGAUGGUCAGGGAAGGAGACACGGCGGAGUGACAAACUCUCAAAGGUCCUGCUCUCCGCCGUUGCGGUGCUCGCAACUAUCAUCAAGAGAAGGUUCCGUUGGCUCGGCCUUUCGGAGGCGUGAUUCAGAACGGAGUGGGGCAUCGCUUGACGUCGAGAAGUUCUGUCGGAACGCGUACAACCUUAAGGUCAUACGAUAUCGUUCAAUUGGCGAGGAGUUCAACCCACUCACUGUGAACAGAGAAAUGUACGGUGAGGCAGUUGCUGGUUUGCGGAUGGAAGAGAGCGACGAAGGGAUACCACUCCUUCCCUGGUAUCUGGCUCUGUGGGCAUGUCAUCGGUUUGCCGCUCGCAACGGCUUCUUCCCAGGUGUAAGGGCAGUUGGAUGGUUAGACGCCAACUCGAAACAGGAAAUGAGUCUCAGUAAGGCAACGACGACCCACUGGGAUGUGGAUAAGAAUGAGACAACAGGCCGUUGUUUAAAUCCUCAGUAUCAAUGUGAAUCUGAGGAAGGCGAACAACACCGUACGCAAGUUUCUGUGACUGCCAGACCGCCAGAAAUGUCACUCGAUGCAGCUAUAGAAGGUUUGAAAAGAGAAGUGAAUGUUUUGCUUUCCGAAAUAAAUGUACCAGAUUUGACUGUUGAUGAACGCAUCAUUAGGCAGAUGGUUGCUUUUGGGGGAGCGGAGAUUCACACGACUGCUGCAAUUGUUGGAGGUGUCGCAGCGCAAGAAGCUGUCAAGCUAAUAUGCCGCCAAUUCGAGCCCAUCAAUAACACUUUCAUCUGGAACGGCAUAGAGCGGAAAGCUGAGGUUCUUGAACUGUGA